CCCAUCUAAUUAUCAAAUGACGCCCGGCCUGUCGGCGGUAAACCGCUGGGGUGAGACAAUAGCAGCUGAUUCUCUGGAUUAGGUGACGGGGGUUGGAGAACGAAGGGAGGGGGGAAUCCAAAGGAAGAGACAGAGCAUGCUCAGUCCUGAGAGACAGGCUACUGGAGCACACAUGUACCUUCCCUGUGAAGGAUACACAAUCUUAUGAGCUUCUAACUCUUUUACAAACACCUCAUGUGAAGAUAUGAACAAGGAGAUGUUGGUGAUUUGAAAAAACUGGCGUGAAGAUUCACUUUUGGAGCUUUGUACAAAGGAUGCACUAAGGAAACAUUGCUUUUGGGGUGAACUUUGACACCAUGGCUCGAUUUUACAGCUGUUUUGGGGACAAAAAUGAUUGUGACAUCAUGGCCUCAGGAUCUCCAGACAUCACAGUCACUACUGAAUCAUCAGAAGCUGCAGAGGAGUGUUCAGGGAAGAAGAAGUCCAAAUUCCAGACGUUCAAGAAUUUUUUUGUAAAGAAAAAGAGGAAGGAAAGUCCUGCACCAUCGAGUGAAAGUGUUUUGAAGGCCAGUCAAUCGAGUGACGACGUCAACACCUCAGAGCCAACUAUCAGCCACGCCAACAGCGACAAUGACCGCGGAUCCAAGAUCAGCCUGGGAAACAAAGCCAUGUCACAUGACAGUGUCUUCGUCUCUGAUUCACCCUCAUCAGAGACUAAUGAUGGUCUGGGGGCGUCCCAGGACAGCAUUCAUGGGAAAGUGAAAUCUCUACAGAUGCAGCUGAAGCAGGCGAUCCGUCUAGGCUCUCCUCCGUCACUCCUGUGCGGGAGGAAAGGAGAGGACGCAGGGGCUCUUUCUGAAGAUGACGGUCUUCCCUGCAGCCCCCCGGAGUAUUCCAGCCUCCACACUGUGUUGGCCACACCUCCUCACACGUCAGUGGAUUUGACCCAGAGUUCCUUGAGCAUGGAGACUUCAGACAGUGAAGAUGAUCAGAUGUCUUAUGAAGCUUCUUCAAGACCCGGCACCCCUCAGGGGUCCGUCCCGGCAGACUUCAGUCUGCCCGCCAGCUCCGUCUCCUGCUUAGACAGCUCAGCUGCCCGUCACCGCAUCGCUGUCAAAGCCAACGCUUGUGCCAAGAGAAAGCCUGCCAGCAGGCAAAUGUUGGACAAGAGAAGAGACCUGAGGGAAAGAGUUCUGCUCAGAGACACAGAGGACAAACUACGGAUGGUUACAAGUAUUGGAGAACAUAAAGAUUUGCCCGUUGAACAGGUGAAUGAUUCAGACCGUGAGUCAUCCGCUUCUGAACACGAGGAAGAGGACGUGACCGACUCUGGCCGCUCUCAAAAAACCUCUCCGACAUCCUCUGUCUCAGCUGGAGAUGUCUCUGAAGGGGAGGAACAUGUUCCUGGUGACGAUCACGUCCCCAAAUCUGAGGUCCCAGAAUCCUCUUGGGAGACUCCAGUAACACUUGAGCUGCAGGCUGAUGAUUUCUUGUUGGACACAGGAUGUGAGGUCGUUCCUGAGGAGCAGGGGUCACUGUUGGAGGAAGUGUUGAGCUCCCUGAAGAGCCCUCUUGCGUCAGGACUAGCACUGGAGCAUGAGAACAUGCAGCAGAGUGAGGUGGAAUGCAUAAAUACUGAAACCGUAGUUGCUCAGCUUGAGGAAGACAACAAAGAUCUUCUCGAUUCCUCAGAGCCAAUGGUGACCCAAAAGGAACAGGCUCCUCUGCCUGACUCACUUUCAGAGUCCUCUGUGGAUUCGGAGGAGAUCUCAGAGGAGACCACAGAGGAGGAAGAGCUGCUGGAGGUGCCAGAAUCUGCUGAGGAAGAGUCUGUCGACGCAAGUCACCAAGUGCCUGAACCUGAUGUUGAGAAACAAGCAGACAAGGCUGAGAGUGCCAAAGAGGAUGAUGUGUUAAUAGAAUCUACAGAAGCUUUUGCAGUAAAUGUGAAAGAACAAGAUGAAGAUGAGGUCGAUGAAGAUGUUGAGGAAGAAGCUGAAUUGGAGAGGGAAACCAAAGAUUCUGGAGAUGAAGAUGACGAAUUGGCGGUGGUGGAACCUGAGGUACACCAAGAAUCUACUAAUGAUGUUGAACAUCAAGAGGUUGAAGGACAGAGAGGUUCUCCAGAGCCUGAGAAAGAUGAGACAUCAGGUGACCAAAGAGAAUCAUCUACGGUCAAUGUUGAGAUCAUUCCUGAAUCUGAUCAAACCGUCAGAGAUGAUGUCUGGAGCUCAACGGAGACCAGUGAGGAGCCUGAAGCCCCACUAGAGACGCCUGUUGAGGUGAUUGUUUCUACAGUGUCUUCUGUGCUAGAGAGUCCAAUUCUCCCUUCUCAGUUCUCCAGUGCUUCAAUGUCUCCUGUAGAGCAGGAAGAAGAACCUGAGCCCAACAACUUAGAUGAGUCUGGUGAGCCUCAGGAAGUGCCUUCAGAAAAACUUGAGGGUGUUUCUGAGCAAGUUCGACCUCGGUUUACCAUCGCCCCUGCAUGGCAAAGGUCAUUGGCUUCUGGAGUCACCCAAGAACAGUCCCAGGCCAUCUCACCGGUGCCACAAGAGACUAAAGAGGCUAAUGCUUCUAAUGAAACUCCCCAAACAACUGAAGUUGUUACUCCUGUAAAAGAAGAACAACCCAAACCAGCCCGAGCUCAGAGUUCCCCAACACUUCCUGUGCAGAAAGAGACGCCCCUUGUGCAAAAAGAGUCGACACCGGAGAACCCGUUUGGAGUGCGCUUGAGAAAGACUCCGGUCAUGCACCGCUAUGGUUUAGAGGGAGAAUCGCCUUGGAGCCCCACGCAAACAGAGUCUUCAGGGGCGCAGGAGACCCCGGACCAUGACCAGAGCAGCAGGAAGCCCAUCUUGCCAAAGAAGCCUGAUCUGCUAGCUGACACUGUGAUGUCGGCCAGGAAAAUCCCAGAUACAGUGGGAAGAAUAUCUGUUGGUAGCACCGAGUCUCCGAGCUGGAUCUCAGUGGCCAGACAGAAGCAGAGGAACUUCAUCGAGAACUCACCAGAAAGCUCUCCAGAGAAACUUCCCUCACAGGGGGAUGUCAAAAGACCGGAUUCACCGUCCAGUUUAUCAAAUCCAAUCCCCAAAGAGCAACUGGCACAGCCAUGUUCACCUUUACAAGUGUUCUGCUCCCUUGAACUGUCCAACACAUCCAUGGUAGAGAAGGAAAGUAAGAGAACUGCUAACCCGUCCACUGCACCUUUGUCCCAAGAUGAGCCUCCCUGGCUGGCUCUCGCUAAGAAGAAAGCUAAAGCAUGGAGUGAAAUGCCUCAAAUUGUUCAGUGAAAGGCCACGCUGGCAUAUGGACUUCAUAAUUCUCCUUUAUAUUUACAUACACAUAAGCAAUACAUGUGAGCAGUAAUAGAAACCAUAUACAGCCUAAUUUUGCUUAAUCAGCCUGUGUCAUUAAUGUUUUUUGGCGUCAUGAAGGAUAUGGAUGCACAGUAGACUGGGGCUUUGCAUUUGUGUUAGAAUUUGGUUUGCAUCAAAAGACAUUUACAUUUUUUCAAACAGACUGUUAUGUCACAGGUCAGAGUUCAGGUCAUUCAAACUGAGGAAAAAAAUUCAAACGAGUUUUACAUACAAAAAGAACAAACAUUCCAAAAAAUUGCGCCACCAUUAAAGCUGUGCUUUUACGUAGGACUGUAUGGAUACCGUCACCGCUCUUUAUUAAGUAACUUUGCUAUGUUACGUUAUAGACUGUCAAGUUAGUAACACAGUUAUCAUGAAUGGAGCUGAAGGUGUCUUUGUAUUUAUUUAUCUCACUCUUGUAUGUUUUAUGUAUUUUUGUAUUUACGUGCACAGUUUUGUGACUUGUACAUAAAAUGUGAAGUACAAAAAAAAAAAAUCAAGAAAAAUAAAAUGGAGCCAUGUUUAUUUGAUCCAUCUAC